AGAGCAAAGAUCCACGAUGAGCGCCCGAGUUCUGGUCGGAGUUAAACGGGUCAUUGACUAUGCAGUCAAGAUCCGAGUCAAGCCUGACCACACUGGAGUGGUCACAGACGGUGUGAAGCACUCGAUGAACCCCUUCUGUGAGAUCGCAGUGGAGGAGGCUGUCAAACUCAAGGAGAAGAAGCUGAUUAAGGAGGUUGUGGCCGUCAGCUGCGGCCCUCAGCAGGUCCAGGAGACAAUCCGGACGGCUCUGGCCAUGGGAGCAGACCGUGGCAUUCAUGUGGAAGUUUCCGGAAAAGACUACGAGACUCUCGGCCCUCUACAGGUCUCCAAGAUUUUAGCUGCUCUCGCUAAAAAGGAAGAAGCCAGUCUGAUUAUUCUGGGGAAACAGGCCAUAGAUGAUGACUGCAAUCAAACUGGACAGAUGACUGCAGCUCUACUGGACUGGCCACAGGGCACUUUUGCAUCCGAGUUGGCUUUUGAAGCUGACAAGCUGAAGGUGGUGAGAGAAAUAGAUGGUGGAUUGGAGACCAUUAAGAUCAAAAUGCCCGCUGUAGUGACGGCUGAUCUCCGGCUCAACACUCCCAGAUACGCCACACUGCCCAACAUCAUGAAAGCGAAGAAGAAGAAGAUUGCGAUGGUGAAGCCAGCAGAUCUGGGUGUAGACGUAAGCUCGCGGCUGGAGGUGCUAAAGGUGGAUGAACCUCCAACGAGACAAGCCGGAGUCAAAGUGGAGACGGUGGAGGAUCUGGUGGGAAAACUCAAAGAGGCUGGAAGAGUAUAGAAGAUGUGGAGGAGCAACAGUGCAGACUCAUACUGACGGUCUUUCAUCACUGGUGACGGAGCUCAAUGUUGAUCAAACUCUUGAGGCCAGUAACAAAUCCAGACCCAUGUAGUUGAUGUAGAUGCUGCUCUUCUGUGUUUAUGACUCUUUUACAUUCGUCUGGAUGCUGAGAGACACUCAUCCACCCACAGCCGUCCGUUCCAACCAAUAUUUCCGUGCAUUGAAUAUAAGAGUACACUUCUGGGGACACUUUCGAAUGCACUAACAAGCCAUCACAUUUGCUGUUAAUAAUUAACUCAGAAUCAAAUCUGCAUUGACUUUAUCUGUGCUGUGUCCCUGUCAUUAAAAAUCGGUUAUCAGUGGGGUUUGAUUGAGCCUUAUGGUUUAUUGAUGUUGAUUUUUGUUGUGUUGUUUUGCGGACAGUGUCUCUCAGCAUGAAGAGAGAGUAAAUCACGUUACCACAAGCGCCUCUGAAUGAGUCCUGAUUGUACAGUAUCGUUCGAUGACAAUAAAAAGUCGUCUUUUUCA